AUGGGUCAAAAUCAUUACCAGUGGGGAAGCGAGAGAGCUCCGUCAGAGAGAACUUCUGGUGAGAAAUCUUCAAUGAAAAGUGGUAUGUACGAGAUAAGCAGCCUUGACCGUGUUAAUGCCAAAGUUGAUGCCCUAACUCAGAAGUUAAAAAACCUGACUGUAGCACUUGUAGCCGUCGUGGCUGCUGUAGCCCCAAAUUGCGAAAUAUGCGGGAUGUCUGGACAUGCUUCCCCCGAGUUCCAUCUUUUGGCAGGAGUUUCCCCCAAACCAGUAAACUAUGCUCAAGGAAACCCUUACUCGAACACACAUAAUCCCAGAUGGAAUAAUCAUCCUAAUUUCACUAAUAAGGACUUCCUAAACCAAAACGUACACACCAAUGAGCAAAUCAAACAGUUGGAAACUAAAGUAGACGCGUUAGCCACUCACAACAAGAUGCUUGAAACACAAAUCUCUCAAGUGGCACAACAACAAGCACCUACUGCCGCACCUGCCGGGACGUUUUCUGGACAACCACAACCGAAUUUGAAAGGACAUGCUCAUGCUAUUAUUCUGCGAAGUGGUAAAGAGAUGGACGAACCAACUGACCCUCGACUUAAAAACCCUGCUAUGUUCCAAAGCCCUUGUAAAACAACUGAGGAGGAAAGUGGACCCAAUGAUAAAUCAAGUAACCCAAAAGAGAAAGAGGACAAGGAGGGCGAGACGGAGGAAAAAGAAGCGUCAUACCUAAACAUUACAAUUCCUUUUACCGAAGCUAUUACACAAAUGCCCUCAUAUGCUAAAUUUCUCAAAGAAAUUCUAUCAAAUAAGAAAAAGAUAGAAGACAAUGAGACCGUAACACCCACUACCGAAUGCAGUGCGAUAAUUCAAAAUAAAAUGCCACCUAAGCUGAAAGACCCAGGGAGUUUCUCCAUACCCUGCAAUAUAGGAAAAUUUGUCAUAGACAAAGCUCUGUGCGACUUAGGAUCUAGUAUUAGGAUAAUGCCUUUGUCCAUUUGCGAGAAACUUAACAUGGGAGAGCUAAGACCAACCAAGAUGUCAGUACAACUUGCAGACCGUUCUGUUAAGUAUCUUGUAGGCGUUCUUGAAAACGUAUCAGUCCGCAUCGGACAAUUUUACAUCCCUACGGAUUUCAUAAUUAUGGACAUAAAGGAAGACGUCAAUACCCCUAUAAUCUUAGGAUGA